AUGAAUAAGCUUGAUCGCAUCUUUUCUGUCAAUAAAGCAGAUCUUCCCUCAUCAUACACGUCUGUGUCAGCCAGAGAAGAACUCUUACUGAACUAUAUAGCCAAUUUUGAAACGACAUUUUUAACUCUUAAUCCUUCAAGAAAACAGCUGCUCUUGGCGCCACACAAUGAGUGUGGGGUGCGGAAGUUUCUUCCAACUACUCUCAGGCCGGCAAUUUUGGCCGAUCCUGCUCUUUGCGAUGCCGGUUUCUUGGCCAAAUUUGUCGCAAAUUCUAUCAAUUACGAACCUUUGGAGCACCCUCAUCUUCCCCCAGAUUACAUAGUAUCUCCUCAAACAACCCUGGAAUGGCAAACAGGAGACUGCUUCGAUCUAUCCAUAUUGUUAGCCUCUCUUCUUAUUGGGGCGGGAUACAAUGCCUAUGUUUGUAUUGGCUACGCAGACAAAAUGCUAACAGAACAGCAGACUCAUCUUCAAGUGGCAGAAAGUUGUGAGCCCUUGAAUCUCUAUGCGACCUAUACUGUCCAGUCAUUUUCAUCUGAAGCCGCCUUUUCAAAGCGUCCACUGGGAAUUUAUAAGGUGGAUGCACGCUACUGUAGAGAGGUUAAUGAUACGCACAUAGAUAAGCAGGACUUCACGUCAGAGGGAGGUCUUCUGAAGCGCCUUCACUCCCCCUCGAAAGACAUCGAAAAUGUAUUCCUUAGGUGCGGUGUUCAGGAGUGUCAAAAUGAGCGGGCAGCAAUCACUGUUGAUAUCAGUGGAGGGGCCACUGUCAAGAACCCCUGGGGUUUAUCCGGUGCAUACAAGUUACUCUCAACACCUGCGGACAUAGAAACUAAAUCUAUCAGUGGAUGCCGUUAUGUUAUGUCCGGUGGUGCAGAGAAUAUCUCUAUGAAUCCCACCACAAAUGGCUGCUCUCUCAUCGUGGCCCCCGAAACGGAAACAGACAAAGAGCCGUUCGAAGAUACCCUGACAAAUGUCCUGGAGGGUAGAGGGGCCGAUAGGAAAAAGGAGAAGGAAUUCAACAGGGAGAUACCACAUGAGAAUGUGCUGAUUGGCGGAUUGUUCAAAAAUAAGUAUCUAAAACCGAAAAAUCUUAUUCGACCGUCAGCGUUUGAUGAACGUACACGAUUCCGAAAUAAGCUUGCUCUCAUUGGUGCCUCAGAAAAAGAGAUAGAAUCUCUUAUCAUAGACAGCCUGCGUUCGGCCGAUCUUCUAAAAGAUGUACUUGUCCCAGGAAAAGCGGGAAUACAGCAGAAGCAAGAACAGGACCGUGCUCUCAACUCUAUUAGGCAAGAAAAUAAGCUCCGAAUACAAGAGCUAACAGCGGAUCCGCUUCAUGGACAACGCGUGUAUUCGUGGGUGUACGUCGCCCCGACUGAAGACUUACAGAUGGGUAGCACCAAUGCCGGUGUCACAGAAAAGCAUUAUGUGGAGGAAGACAUAAAUAGUAUCAUAGCCCAAGCCAAAACCCCUUCGACCACGAAGUCAGGCUUUUUCAUUGACCCUGCAUCGGGUUCGUUCUACACCAUGAACUGCCCGCUAUUUCGGUUCAUCGAAGCAGUCUUUAACCAGAACAAUUAUUUCGUUAAUCUACAAGUGGACAAGCGUGAGCUCUCCAACGAUUACUGCUCUUUUGACUUUUAUAACAUUGAUAACUGGUGCAUCUGCUUAAUGACCCAAGAGUUGGUUGACCUGCGCGCCCGCCAACUUGCCUAUUUAAACAAAAAUGGGGUCACAGAUCAAAUUGUGAAGCAGGCAGGUGGAAACCAGCGCUUUCUCUCUCAGCUUGGCGUCAAGGGCGCACGCCAAAGGCUUGAGGCAGGGAUCAAGUUACCAAGAGCUAUUCAAGACAGGCAAAAUCAGCUCAAACGUGAGCGUGAAGCAGAGAUUCAUCAGCAGAAGGUGGUAGAACAGGGCUUUGAUACAACGCGGUGGGCCAAGGAGGCCAAUGUGGAAAAGGAAAACAACAGAUUAGAGGCUCUCAAGGCGCAGUAUGCUAUGUUCGGGAUAGGAGAGCAGGCUAAAAAGUAUUUAAAGAGGUGGGAUUCCGUAGAACCAAUAGAGAUCCUCUUGUCGUCCUUGCCUGCUCCGUGGAGUGUGGCCACUAGUCUUUCCGAACUGCGUCUUGCUUGGCAAUAUCCUCGGCGAGUUGCCAGUCCCAGGGAGUUGGUUGCCCUGGGGACAUGUGACAAGGUCAUAGCAGAAAGAGCCACGCUCUAUUCAGAUUGCUUCCUCCGGUUGUAUCCUAGAUUCAAUCUGCGUAGUGGGUGCAUAGCCUCAAUUGUUUGUCGUCCCAGGCCAGUGUAUAUGAUUUCUGCCGAUGAAGACAUGGACGUUAUAGACAAACGGGUUGUAGCGUGGCGUCUUCUUCGCAUUCAGCUCUUUAGUGACAGGCACGACAAGCUUUCUUUACGAACGUGCCAAUAUGAAAUCAAUCAUGACGACGUGAAGAUUGAUCUAUCAAAUCCUGAGGUUUAUGAUUACUUUACCCGCUUCAAUGACGGAGGAGAGACACUAACCCUCUUAGAUACAUACUAUAGAACGUACAUAGAUGGCGUCAAGGAGUUUCCCAUCUGGUGCUAUUUGGGAGAAGAGUUAGACGAAAUGGGUGAUCCUGAUCUUGAUGAGAAGACAGCCCACACGGCCUUUAAGUCCUCGUUUACCUGCUUCACCAGGCGUGUUAAGAAGGAGAUUUCUCCUAUAGAGAUCGAUCAAGGGGAGGCGUUGGAUGUAGAUGACUCGCUGUUAAAGAAGACUGUCAUUGACAGUAACCUUUCCAUGAGAGAGCACGACUCAGGUGAUGGACGAACGUCUGUGUCUGUCGGCAGUCGCUUGGCAUCGAGAAAAGUGAGUGCAGUCCACGGAACUAGACACAGCAAGGGGGACACAGACAGCGGCACAGUAGAAGAUGCAAAUGAGGUCAUUGAGGGCUUCGAUGAGGCAGACUCGCAUGGAUUCCAGAGCAUGCAAGACGGAGAUACCCAAAUGCCAGAGGAAUUUACCUUCGAAUUGCCUCUUCUGUUGACAUUCCAAAAGCAGUUCUUUAACUAUGGAAGGUCUGAUUACCUAAAGCAGCAUGUGCUAAACAUCAGUGGGGAGGUACGGACCCGUAAGCUGUGGUUCUAUCCUGGGAGAGAAGAUAGCUGCGGGUUUAUAGAGCACCUAAUUGGCAGAAGCAUCGAGCUACGCUACUACGAUUGCUUGCGUGAAGAUGGACUGAGCACCAAGGUUAUUGCAUAUGAGUUAGUAUCUGCGUCAACAUCCACAGACCCAUCUCUAGCGUCUGUAUCCUCGCGCCAGGCAUCAGCCAAGAAUGUAGCAGGAGGCCAGAGAUCUGCACCACAAAGUAAGGUUCUUAGCAUCAAUACCAUCCUUUUUGAUUCUUUCGAAAUCCUGCCUAACACUAACACGUUCCAAAGGUGCUCUGUUUCAGGUUGCAAGGUUGUUGAAAGGUUUGCCAAUCUAGCUUCUAUCGAUAGAUAUAUGCGUAGACGUCGAAGAAAGCUUAUUUUCAGUAAGGACAAGAUUCUAGAAGCCGAAACCAAGCAGCUGCUGACGGACUACAAGACCCAGGCAAGUGCUCCGAGCAUUAGUGAUGCAACAAUCAAUGAUGGUACCUCUAUGACAGUAAGCAACCAAGAGCGUGACUCAACUGUUAUUCGUUCUGGCGAUAACACGACAUUAGAAACAACCGAAGUAGUAGACGAUCAAUCUACGGCUCAAAACCGCAGUACGUCGCAGGCCUCAAUGGGCGAAAAAUCAGGAAAGUCUCAGACCAGCAUGGGCCCAUCAGAUCCCUUAAGCCUCUCGGUACUUGAGAAUGAGGAUGCGCUUACGAAUCUUGAUUUAUUUGAAGAGUUUGAAGCAAACUUAUCACGUGCAGCAUAUAGAUCAUUCCAAUCUCAGCGGCUUCUCUUUUCUCAUGACGUUGGUUCCUAUUAUUCCUCUGAGUAUGACUUGAACUGUGGAGUGACUUCCUUGCUUUCGCGCCACGAGGCACUCUUAGAGAUGGCCUAUCACCUCAGUCCCGAGAUACUAAAGGCGGCUGACGCCAAGAAAAGCGCAGACGAUAACCCCGAUGACUUAGACGAUAACGCUGCAGAUACAGAGCGUGUUCCUGAUGCUGACACUCAUAAGCACCGAGAAGGGGGGCCUGGCUUCUGGCUCCAAGGGUCUGAAAAGAGGACAGGCCGUUCUCGUGGAUUGAAUAUGAGCCUUCUCAGUCGAACAGCAGCAGAUACACCAUCGGCUAAUAAAUCUGGGUCUCUCAAGGAGCUACUUGGAGAUGUCUAUGCUCUCAUGAAUACAAAGAACACGUCGAAUGUUCCUGCCGGGGUUGCCGCUCUCUAUCCCACGUAUAAUCUUGCUCUUAUCACUGACAAUGAGCUUUCGAAGACAGCGCCCUCCUUCUACAUCAAGCACAUGCCCAAGUUAUACGACCCGAGCCCCGGGAUCUUCAAUUACCUAAACUAUGUCAAUUUACUUAAGUCCAGAGAGCUACCCAUCCUACCGCAUUUCGAUACCACGACUUCUGCUGUACGGAACGUCGGCGUAGUCAUGAAGCGCGCUGUUUCGUAUGACCAUAUUCGAUACGACCUGUUGAAUAAUUACAUUGAGGUUGUGGAGUCUAUGACGCGCCCACAUUUGAUGUCUGAGAAGAGGAUAUUUAACAAGCAGUCCGGAGAGGCAUCUCUUAUGAUGGCAGAUCUGUCUGCCUCUGACUCCUACACCGCAGAAAGUAUACGCACAGCAGUAGCACGCCAGGACAUUGCUAACUUAGGAAAGAGUAUCACUUUGAUAACUAAGGAGCUCGGGACCAUUGACUCUUCCGCAGUUGCCAAGAACCAGCAGAAGACCGUUGCAAAUAUCAGCGAUGAAUACACACAGGUAUCGUCGCGGGAGAAGUGGACCAUUUCCAAUAUGAAGCUUGACUAUAUAUUCCUGUUGGAGCUCUUCCACGCCAUCGAAUGCAAAUCCGAAACAAAGUUACCAGAGAGUGAGUUUCUGCCUGCCGGAAACAGCGUCGACCAGUCGGCCAAUAUAACUGUUUGUCAGACCCUUAAGUCAGGGAACAGGCUUGGACUGAAAUUUUCUCCACGUGAUUUGGAGAUAGCUAGGCACGCACUAAAGCUUCAGGGAACCCAGGACCGCUUUGAGUUUCAAACCACUAUUAAAGCCCACGAAGAAGAAGAGACGACCAAUACGGACUACUUGUACAUCUAUCUCCCAGACGAGUAUAAAGGUUGGAGCCUUACCGAACCGCUGCCACAGAAUAUCGCCAUGAUCACCCGGGGUGCCGCCCUAGACGCACUGAGAACACGCCUCGUUGAACGCGCCAGCAUCAUCUCUUCUCGAAUGGAGGCAGAAGCAGAGCACUUGAAGCGUCGCCGAGCCGUCUACAACAAAUCGUCAGACCAGAUAUCCCAGGAAGAUAGAGAUGCACUCCUCAACGAAAUACGAGAAUGCGUCUUUAGGAUUGAUAUACUAGAGAUGCGUAGCAGAAAGCACGAGGAAGACUCGAUUAAGCGCUUUGCAGAGCUAGAAAAUAGGUUAAGACGUGAUCCCAGACUAUCAAGCCUGAAUAUCCAAUGA